UAAACCAUUUCAUCGGAGUAUUUUGUUGGUAACGGUUAUCUAGCGAAAAUAAAAGUGAACUCGAAAAGAAAAACCCCAGCAGUCUGAGUCCAACGUAACCACCAGCACCACCACCGCCGCCGCCAACAGCAAAGCAACGACGAGAGCAACAUGAAGUUACAAAAUACCCAGUCACUCUUUGUGGCUUUUAUCCUUACAGCAUGCUGCGCAGUUAAUGCACAAGUUCCGCAAAGGCUACAAAUACCAGGUGCUGUGCCAUUGCCCGCCUCCCGCUCUAGUCUGCCAGCGCGAGUUCGCCGCCCGGUUGCUGUAAGAGCACAAAGCAAUUUAUUGCCCUCAAAUAUACCAUCACGAAUUGAAGAAGCCAAACCUGUAACAGAAUCUGGUGAGGAUGAGGCCCCCGAUGUAUAUCUACCCCAAUUGCUACGUGAACAACAGCUGGCCCAAGCCCAGCAAUCACAAUUCCAACAAGCUGCUGCAGCCUUUUUGAACAAUGAGCAAAAUGCUAUACCUGAAUCUGUAUUCGAUGUUGAUCCUUUCACCACCAGAUUUCCCGACCGUACACUACCCCCUCCCACCUUGCCACCUAGUCAAAAGCCAAAUUUCAAUGACUUUGGCAUUGGCUCAAACAUCAUCAACAGCCCCAGGUUCAGCCAAGAGAGACCAGCACCUCCCCCACCACCCCAGCAGGCACCAUUGCCACAGCGUGAACGCACCAAUGUCAUUAGAAAUAGACCUACGGCUGUUAGAGAACCAAGACCCCAAUUCGAUGUUCAUCCAGCUCCAGUGCCCCAAAGACCCAGAGCUAAACCCAUUCAAUCACGACCUCUAUAUGAUCAAAAUCAAAUAGACGACAGGGAGCCCCAACAACAGAACCGCCGCCAGCGUCCCGUAGCCCAGACGACCAGAAAGUGGCGUGAGGAGAAUGAAGAUGGCACAAUUGUGUGGGGCUAUGAAAACGAUGAUGGCUCCUUCAAGGAGGAAGUUAUUGGAGUUGAUUGCAUCACAAAGGGUACCUAUGGUUACAUUGAUCCCGAUGGCAACAAGCGUGAAUACCACUACGAGACUGGCAUCAAGUGUGAUCCUAACAAACGCGGCGAGGCCGAUGAGUAUCCAGACAAUGGUUUUGUCAACUACGACGACAAUAAAGCUGUUCUGCCAAAUGGUAUUGAAAUCGAUAUGGCUCAACUGGGCAAGAAGAAGUCUAAGAGGCCAGGGGUGAAUUAUCGAAACUAAUCGCUUCCCUGCAGCCGCAUGGUUUCGUAAGCACUCAUUCUAGUUCAUAAGACCUGCACUGUAUCUAUUAUAUUUUGUAAAUGUUAGAGUUUAUUUAAAACAUACAAAGUCUUACCAUUCAUGUCGUGUAUUCGUUUGUUGAAAGUGACCUCAACAAUGAAUUCAAUGAGAUGAUGAACGUACAUUAAAAGAA